UCACAUCCUGUAAUUGCUAAUCCGGCUCAACCAACGGACUGGAGUGACGAACUUCCUGCCUAUAUUAUUGUGUAUUCAGGGGAUUUUCACUGUAAUAUCUGAAAAGGAACUAUGUGAUAAGGAAAUAUGACAUAGAGACGCCGAGUUAGAGUCGCGAAGGAGCUAAAGGCAGAACAGUUUCGUCGUGACAGUCAACGAUGUUCUUUGUAUGCAUGUUGUCUUCCUUUGGCCAAGGACGGGGAAUUGGAAAACCACAAAGAGACUGAGCUGGUGUGUUGAUCAAGAGAAGUGCCAUCUGAACUUGAAUAGGAUAUCCCAAGCAUAAAUUCGCAAGAAUUGUCAUAGUUUUUUUUUUUUUACGGCACGUUCAAUGCAGCGGUCGUCUGUUGACUUCUUCAUCGAGUGGAAGCAGGCAUUCUCCAGUUGCGGUAGGUUCCCUUCACAUUCAUCUCUUCCGGCAAAGUCACUACAGAAGGGAAAUAGGCCUGUUACUGCAAGUAACGAGAAUUUAUGGGAUCACAAGUUUCAUCUGAUGAGAUGAGCGUGCGAGCGGGGCAGGGCAGUGACGAGGUGCUGGUGUCGCAGGCGGUGUGGGAUUACCUUGCAGCCGCUGGACGGCCCUGGUUGGCCGACUUCGAGGACAAGCAGGGACUAAGCGCUGACAUCAUCCGACGCGGGGAGCGUGGCGGCUGCUGUGCCGUGCGGCUCUCACGGGUGGAGGGUAGCAGCAGGACGGAGGGACCGAUUUCUCCUGUUACACGGAAAGCUUUCAUUGACUUAUGCCGCUGUGCCCGGAAGGAGAUGACCAAACAGGAGGCGGCUCCUAAGAGGAAACGUUCUCUGUUACCCUGCGUGACGGCAGUGGAGCCCGACGGGGAAGGGAGCUUGUUGCCUCCGCCUCCCCCUCAACCACGGCGCUCACAGAGGCAACAGCAGAAAUACAGGAAAAACGCAGACAUGGAGACCUGCGUGGUUUUACCCAUGCAGCACGAGGCCGCGGCAAGGACCGGGGCCGAGUUAGCCGUCGGUCAUGAAGAAGAGACCACAGUUUGCUCUAUCUGCAUGGGCGAAAUUGUGGAAAAGACGACUCUGGACAAGUGCGGCCACGCGUUCUGUCGGUCCUGCUUAGAACAGGCGUUUCAAGUAAAGAAGGCGUGUCCCGUGUGCAGGUUGGUGUAUGGUCAACUCAUCGGUAACCAGCCGGCCAAUGGGAGCAUGAUGGUUGAAAGAGACCCAGACCUGGAGUUGCCUGGUCAUGAAGGUUAUGGCUGCAUAUGCAUUAUUUACAGUUUCCCUCCCGGUUUGCAAGCGCAAGAGCACCCAAACCCUGGGGUGAGGUACCCAGGCACAGACCGGGUGGCAUACCUGCCAGACAGCCCUGAGGGGAACCGUGUCCUCUGCAUGCUGCGGCGGGCGUUUGAGCAGCGCCUGAUCUUUACUAUAGGCACCUCCAUGACCACUGGCAUGCAUAAUGUUAUUACCUGGAAUGAUAUCCACCACAAGACCUCCAUAUGGGGCGGACCACGAUGCUUUGGUUAUCCAGAUCCUACAUACCUUGUGCGGGUGACAGAGGAACUACGAGAGAAAGGGAUAACGGCUGACUGAUUUCUUUCUAGCAAGUUUCAAAAGGAGGGCAAACGUGUGCGCUUGACCACGGGCUUUUCACAAAAACCCACUGUGUCGAAACAAGCCACAGUCAUCUGCUGCAGGACACUGUUUUCACAAUGUUUAAUUUCAGUCUUUAUGUUUAGCCUCGUUCUUUAGUUUACCUGAGUGAAGGCAGUGUGUUUCACAUACAGUAUUUCUUUGGUACAAACCUGGGGUGCACUUUACUGAGACAGAUUGUUCAAUAUACUCAGUUGAGUUUAAGAUACCCACUGGACUACUAAGGUGUGAAUGUCAUGAAGGUGUGCACUUUUCCUCAUCUGCAGUACAACCUUCCUCUUCCCUUUUUUCAGGUUAGAAUCACUAGGCUGCUGGCCUCCCUCUUCUAACUCUUGUUUCUUCCAUCCAAACUGUGCUUAAUAACCUUUUUAGUUUAUGGUAACAUCUGGGUGGAGACAAAUGGCAUAGCACAGUUAAAUGGGUACAGCUGGGACAAUCCCAUACAAGUUUUUUUUUUCUAGUAAUCAGCACUAAGAGGCACUUUGCAACGGAGGUAAUCUUUUUAUUAUGAGAAUUUAAAGUGGAUUCUGCCUGAUCUUCCAGAGUGCAGGAUCUAGAGAGGUUAUUUGUGGGCCUUUCUAAUAAUAAGGUCCUAGUAAAAGAGAUGCAAGACCAUUUCAGUUUGUCCUAGCUUUCAUCCUUUAAAACGUUAUUCAUUUCAAUAUGAUGUUCAUGAAAAGUAGUAGUUUUGCUUUAUGUUUUCCAUUUUUGUUUGUAUUUUUUUGCUGUUUACAGAUUUUUGAGUUCAUCCGUUUCGGAUGUUAAAACUUCUGUUACGUAUAUAUAAAAAAUGAUGUCAAAAUGAAAGGGCAUGUGAACCACUUAAACCAAACUAAAAGCAUAAUAGCUCAAAACUUUGCUGUAACCAUUGUGUUUAUGCCUCAGACUUGGAGAAAAGCCUAGCACUGAGUUUAUUUUGAAGAAUCAGCAGAAUUGUCCAUACAAAGUUUGCUGAAGUAGAAAAAAAUUCAAUAGCAUAGCAAAUGACUCUCACAAAAAUAUACGCAGGUCACAUUUAACCCUAAAAUCAAAAGAAAAAAAUAAGAAAUUAUAGUUUACAUUACAGUUUUUUUUUUACACCCAUUAUUCUCAGUGGUUUUCUUUAAUAUAACACCACAUAUUAUUAUAUCACAGGAAAACAGCAAUUCAGUUUUAUUUUUAGCACAAAUUAAAGACUUUACGUUUAAUUUAAAUAAUUAAAUUUCAGUUUAAAUAUCUGAAAUUAUUUGAUGCAUUAUAUUUAUAAUGCAAAACACACACAUAAAGAAAUAAUCAGCUUUAUUUUCUUUCCAAAUACCAAAUGUAAAUUUUUUUUUUUUCCCCCCCUUUUGAUUUUGGUGCGAGAUAUGACCUGGGUUUGUGAGAUUCACCCAAAUAUCUUAAAUAUAUGCUAUAGGCUGAUUUAUCAGAUUUGUUUUGUAUUUCUCUCACUGAAAUGUUAUUGUGCCUUCUGCUAAAGGUCACAGCCUGUUAUUACUAACAGUAUACCAUUACUCCGUAUUGGUUAAACUGUGUUCUGAUCAAUAUGAAGCAUUAACUUUAUAGCAGUCUUUCAGCUUUAAGCAAAAUGCAUCAUACUUUUGAAACCAAGUCUCAGAUAAAUUUGCGCAAACCAAAACAUUUACUUUGUGUUACGAAGGUUUUUGUGUUGUUACAUUUUAAAGUAUCCUUAAACAGAUUUGAGUUUUUCUUUGGACCAUAUUCUCUUGCUCCCACCUUUAUGUUGUGAAGGACCAAUUCAAUCAGGAUUAGUAGGACUUAAAUGUUACUGUCAUGCAAAAUUCUAUGCACUUCAAAAUCAGAUUUAUAAAAUAGACCUCUUCAGAUGACUGAUUGUUCAAAUUAAAUAAUUUGCCUUUAUAGUUGUGUUGAUUUGUAUUACAUAAUUGAAUUGUAUGCUACAAAUAAAAUGUGCUUUACAUUUUCAUACUUGAAUAAAGGGAUUCUGUUCUGUUA